AUGUCGUCAGCUCCUGCAAAGCUGUCGUCUCAAUUGCGAGCCGCGUUGGCGGCAGAUUCCCCCGCAAAUGCAGUUCCAGUUUCUCCAGAUCCAAAUGGAUCUGGCUUGUCACUUGACGAGUCAUCAGGAAUCUCAGAUCGAGAAGCUCUCUCAUCGCAAGAACAGACAAUGCAAUAUUCUGAAGUAGACGCAAAAUCAGUUCACUCGUCCGAUAGUGAAGAUGAACCCGUACAAAAUCCUCUGCCAGAAGUUCCUGCAAAUUGCGGCCCACGUACAGUUCAACUCAGCGUUCUUCUUGAUUUCGCCAUUCAACAUGUAUAUCACGAAAUCACUGUUCUUGCUGAGUUGAUGCAACGAAAAACAAAUGAUCAAGGAGAACAAGAACGGAAGAUGUCUCUUGUACAUUUUGCUCACGCAACACGGAGUCAGUUCUUGAAACUUGUUGCAUUAGUAAAAUGGAUUCGAGUUUCAAAGCGGAUGGAUGUUUGUUAUUCAAUUGAUUACCUUCUGGAUCUUCAAUCACAGUACUUCAUUGACACUGCUGAUCGAUUAGUCGCCAUGACACGAGGAGAUCUGGAAUUAGCUCGCCUACCAGAGUACCACAUCGCUCCAGCUAUAGAUGUUCUUGUGCUGGGAACUUACAACAGAAUGCCUUCAAAAAUCAAAGAAGCAUUCAUUCCACCAGCGAAAAUCACGCCGAGAGAACAGAGAGCAGUAUGCAGUCGGUUGAAUCAAUUAAUUGAGACACGUCUGUCUCGCCUUUCUAAUGGAAUUCCGCCGAAUAUCAGAGAAAUUCACAUCAAAAAUGGAUUAGCAACAUUACUAGUUCCUGGAGAGUUCGAAAUCAAAAUCACGUUGCUUGGAGAGACUGAAAUGGUCAAAUGGACACUUUUGAAUAUCAAAAUUCUCGUAGAAGAUUAUGAACUUGGAAUGGGUCUCCCUCUCGUUCAUCCACUUCAACUCAAUCAAAUUCACGGUGUUUUGCAGUCUCGAAUGAAUGUUGCUGCUAAUCCAAUUAAAGAAGCAUUCUUCUUUUUGCACAGUUUUUGUGUUUCCCUCCAAUUGGAUGUUCUUUAUUGUCAAACAUCACGGAUGGCUGCUGGACGAUUACGAGAGAACAUUGUAAUCGAAAAAUAUGACGCGAAAGAACGAGUUUUGAUUGUUGGAUAUUGGGUAAAACGUUCAAAAAAUAAGAAGUUGACAGUGGGACAAUUGAAAGUGGACGCACAGUACAGAGUUCAAGUUUAUGAAGAUAAAGAUGAUAAGUUGGGCGGUUUGAAAGUUCGUCAUUUUCCACAUGCACCCCAACUGGGAACCAUCGACUGUAAUGCUGGAAUGCUGUCAAUGGAUCGUUUGUUAUCGGAAACGUUUGACGUGAGAUGCAAAGAAAGAUUAAUGCGAUUACGAAGACUAUUGGAAGCUGCUGAACCAUUACUAGAAGUAAAAAUGACGGGUCUAUCAGUUCCGUCCUUAUCACUUACUCUCCUGCCGGAUACUACUUCAACUGAAGAAAUGCUGACAGUAUCUGUGAAUUCGUUCUGUGGAAAAGUAAUAUGUAACGUCAACAUGCUGAGUUCUGAAAAUGAAGACGUACUCGCUUUCGCGAGAGCCCUCUACAGUAGUCGAUGCUCCGAUACCACAAUUCGAUCGUACUUAGCGAAACUGCGUGUUUCUAUAGUAAUUGAAAGAUAUCGGCGUUCCGUGAAAGCUCUCCCAAUUUACGAAGUUCUAGAAACUGAGCUGUUCCCAUUCGUAAAAGAAGUUCUGAGAGAAACACCUGCGCAACGUUUAGUUCUUCGAUAUCUCCGACAGGAAAUGUACUAUCUCAUUGUCUCAUUCCAACCGGACGAGAAAGAGGUUGUCAGCACCAAGCUGCUACUUUUGGAGGUUGAUGAAGACCGAGCACAAUUUAUCCCACUCGACAAUGAUAGGGAUGUGUAUGAUGCAACUGUCGCAGGAGCUGUUGCUCAAGGAACACUGAAAUUUGCCGACCUUCACAAGAUAUCACUUCAAAAAGAGUGUUCAAGAGAACAGAGGCUCGCUUUCGCGAUAGCAACUAUCGAGGAUCGUGUCACUUAUAUGUAUGUUGCUGCUGAGUUAGACAGGAAGGGAGUCGGAGUUGAUUUGAGAAAAGAUGAUGUACACGUUCCUGGAGGAUUAGCUCUGCACAUUACUGACGUCUCAAGCGUUGUACCAUUUGAUGCUGCACAGUUCUUUCAAUGCUGUGUCCGUAGUUGCCUCCGUCUUGACAACCGGAAUCGCUACACGUUUCAAUUCGAAAUGUGCUUCGAGAAUAUUCCAUUGGUUCGCGAUGUUCCUCACGGUCUCGCACAUCGUCGAGAUGGUGAUCACAAUGCUCAUAUGCUAAAGGAAACAACAUGGGUCCAGGAAAUCAAUCAGAUCAAUCAAAUGACGCCGGAGAAACUCACCGAAGGAAUUAUUCAUCGGUUGAUGCGAUAUCUUUAUAUGUACAAAGUGGUUUUCCAAUUCUCUCAAGCCUACAACAGAUAUUUCAAAAGCUUCUGUAGUAUCGAAGCCUACACAUUCCACAAACUGGUUGUAUCGUAUGGAGAAAAUCGGGAUAUGCUUAUGGUUCUUGCGUUCAAUGUCAAAUCACAAACUCCUGGAUCGAGUGAAGAUUACUUCCUGAUGAAUUUCGGACAAACAAUGCCACAUAAGCAAUUCAAUGCAACUGAAAUUGAUUGGCAUCAGAAGCCACGUUGGAAUCCUCACGUAAUGAUGGCGCAGUUAUUGAGAGAUCAGCUGAAAGAAACGAGCGAUCUCGUCUAUAUUAUGCACUAUUUAUGCGAAACUAUCCGUCCACUCGCAGCUCUCGGAAAUUUCGUUCGAAUUAGAUUUCAGUCUCUGAAGUCAUUGUCUCAAUUGAUCGGACCAGAAGUUCACUUCCCAUUCCGAUUGAAAUAUCAUUUGACCCCAAUCGAUCAGUUCACGUUACGAUUGAUGCACGGAAAUGUGAUUUUAGAGAUCAAAAUGCUUCGAGAAAUGAGAAUCGCCGUUCGAGAUGUUUCUCGAUAUCAGCCAAGAUGUGCUGGUCUUUUCCAGCUGUUUUCCAAUAUCGAUAGUGAAAUCACUCAAUUGUUAGCAGAAGAACUACCGAUCCCACAGUCUGACUGUGAACACGCUGCUGGACCGAAGAUGUGGACGAAAGAUCAGUUCAUGGAGACCAUAGAUGAUAGACACGAGGAGCCGGAUGCACGAAUGGCUGUGACAACUCAACCAGUUCUCAUGACACACGACACCAUCAUUAAAGCCUGUGACUUUCAAGAAAUUGAUGGCCGAGUCACAUGUCCACUUGACGAAUAUCUCAAUUCAAUCUUCUAUCUACAAAGAGCUCUUUUGACUCUCGAACGGAUGUCUCCGAGAGCUAAUCCAUCUCAAAACUCCAAUAACAAUCUGUUCUCUGGAUAUGUGACUGUUGUGGAUUCGAGACCAGAACACAUUCGGUUUAGAGCAUUACAGUUGAACGGAGAUGGUUUAAAUGCAACCAGUAUGGUUCAUUACAAGAUCUAUUUGUGUCCGAUUGCGAUGACGUUGAAGAUUGCAAUUGACUAUGAUGAAGGAACGAACAGCGAAGCAACACAGGAAAAUUUGGAAACGCUUGCUAAGUACUUUGAGAAGAUUGUUUUCCGUUGCGGCGACGAAUAUGCACUUCAAUCCUACGUUCUGAUGACUCGUGUGACGUCGUACGGAGCCACAAAGAGUAUUGCCAACUUGAUGAAUGCCCAAAUGGGAAUCACUCCUACAUCGAAAUGUUGUAUGCAACUCUCCUUGACAUACAACAACACGUCGACGAAGAAGUUAGCACCAGCUACAAAAGUGGAUCAACAAUUGAAUAACAUCAUCUUCAAUGUGAUCAUCAGUCAAAGCAGAACAUCAGAAUCAUUCAGUAUCCUACGAUUCAUAUACAGGAUAAAAGAGAAUAUGGUUACAACCCCAUCAGUGGAAAUAAAACAAAUGGCGGACGAUGUGAACGCUGAAACGAAGAGUUCUGGUCAGUGUGCAAUUUGGGCGCUCGUCAGUCUCGUCUCUGAUCGUUUUCGUUCUGGUGUGUGGAAUCCAUCGAAUCGAGAUGAGCCUAUUAUAUCAAGUGUUGCACCAACAGCAAAUUACGCAAAUCCGGGAUCUGUGGCCGCACCGGGAUCUAUUGCUCCAGGUUCGGUCGCUCCUGGGUCCGUCGCGCCUUCUUCACAACAACCGGGUUCAAUAAUGCAACCAGGAUCAAUGAUGGGACCACAAUCAGUGAAUGCUCAUCAGUAUGGAAUGCAUCGACAAAUGGGCGGACCUCCAUCAAUGCAAAUGAAUCCAUCAAGCGUCGGACCACAACCAGGAAGUGUCGGAAUGCCGGGAAGUGUUGGUGGGCCAGGAAGUAUGAUGAAUCCAGGCAGUCAUCAGCAACUUAUGAUGAAUCCGGGGAGUGUCGGACCUGGAAGUGUUGGUGGUCCGGGAAGUGUGAAUCCAGGAAGCGUCGGACAUCCCAACUACCCACAAUGGAAUCCUCCGCCUAGUGGCCAAUAUCAUCCACAUCAUAUGCCGUAUCCUCCACAGUAA